AUGAACUGGGACCCUACCGUGACAAACACCGAUGGCUACAUAUGUCCACCCUGUCCAGUUUUUUAUCCUACAGCUAAGGAGUUCAAGCACCCGUUGAAAUAUAUUUCCAGUAUUCGUCAUAUUGGAAUGCAAGCGGGUAUUUGUAAAAUUGUACCACCAAAAGGUUGGCGACCACCUUUUGCUAUCAAUGAAAAAACGUUUCGGUUUCGAACACGUGUCCAGCAACUCAAUUGUAUUGAAGGUCAUUCAAGAGUUGAAGGUCAAUUUGUCGAAGCACUUCGGCUUUUUUUAUACCAACGAGGUGAACCGAUGAAGGAAUUACCACGUGCUGAUGGUCAAUUAGUUAAUUUACAUUCGCUGUAUAAGACGGUGAUUUUACUCAAAGGAUUUGAUGCAGUGUGUGCAAAUGACCAAUGGAGGCACGUCGUACGACGAGUGGGUCGUACUAAAUCAGCAAGUGAACCGUCGGAAGAGUUGUGUCACAUUUAUAAGAGACAUUAUGAGACGACAUUGCUCGCGUUUGAGAAGGAACAGCAAGCCAAAGAGAACAAUUAUAGUAAUGAUGACAUAACAGUGACCAAGGAAAAGGUGAAGAUUGAAGAGAUACAAGCCACACCUUCCGGAACAAGUGGUUGUAGUGAUACCAAAGCGACUCCAUCAUCUAGGGCUCGAACUCUUAGUGGAUCAAAGCGUUCCGUAUCUACAAAUCGAUACGAGGUUGAAACAGAAAAAGAUGAUUUGCGCGUGAAGCGUACACUGUUUUCAGAGGGCGAGCACACGAGCAGCGAAGAGAAUGACACCCGCCCAAUUAUUUCCCCGGAAGAUGGAAAUGGACAACAAGACCAUAAGCGAAAGAUUCAGCAGCGCAACCUUGAGCCUGAAUCACUGAAACCGUCGGACACCCGCAACGUGAGACUUAGUGCUCCAGAAAUUUGUGUUGGACAAAAGUUCUACCGGUUCUUCCCUGAUGCAGGAGCAGUGCUAGCGGAGGUGAAACGUAUCUUUAGUGGUAAGAAGCCACACGUUGUAGUACGUUACAUGGAGGAUGGUUCAAACGACGAUAUUGAGAUGUCCACUAUGGAGAUCCUUAUCGCCAAUGGUUGGGACGCAGGCGCUGCUGAGCUUGCGUAUAAUAGCGAGAUCUGUCAGGUUUGUUUGCGUGGCGAUUGCUGGGACAGAAUGCUGCUAUGUGAUCGUUGCAACAGUGGACAGCAUCUCUUUUGUUUGGAAAAGCCGUUGGCCGCAGUGCCCACCGGUGACUGGUAUUGCAAAGCAUGUGUAAAAGAUGCAACGAACCCAGAUAAACGCAAGACGAACCCCAAGUUUGGAUUUGAUAUGGGAGCAGAGAUCAGCAUGGCAGACUACAAAGAACGUGCGGAUGCAUGGAAAAGGAAGUAUUUCUCGUUGUCAUCCGAUGUCGACCCGGACGAAGCGAUUAGUGACCGACAAUUAGAAACUGAGUACUGGAAAUUGUUGAGUAUUCCCGUCCACGAGCAGCGACUUGAAGUGCAAUACGGCAGCGAUGUCGAUACUGGUUCCAAUGGAAGCGGAUUUCCUCGCUUGGAUCUAUACACAAAGAAUUUGCGUACAGUAUCCAAGCGCUGGAAAAAUCUGACGACUAAGGCAAAGAGUGACUACAUUCGUCAGCUCAGCGAGUUCUUCUCGCAUGGGCUACGUGAGAAUCUGUCAACGAGUGCUGGAGGGGAGAAUCAAAAUGUCGACUCUAUUCAGUCGCUGGAGGACUUGCUGCAGCAGUACGCGCAGGAUGACUGGAACUUGAACAAUAUGCCUAAGCUGCCUGGCUCCGUGCUUCAGCACUUGGACGAGGACAUUAAAGGUGUUAUGAUCCCGUGGUUGUAUGCAGGAAUGUGCUUCUCCACUUUUUGUUGGCACGUGGAGGAUCACAAUUUCUACAGUACGAGCUAUUUGCACUGCGGUGCACCGAAGACGUGGUACGGUAUUCCGUGUGCCAGCGCUGAGCAAUUUGAACGUACGAUGAAGGAACUCACACCAGAGCUUUUUGGGAGUCAACCAGAUUUGCAUAUGCAACUGGUUACGAUGUUCUCACCCAAAACUUUGCGCGAGCAUGGCGUUCCCGUAUACCGUGCUACGCACCGCCCGAAUGAGUUCAUUGUCACGUUUCCGUCGGCAUACCACGCCGGCUUCAACACUGGGUUUAACUGUGCUGAAGCAGUUAAUUUUGCCACGAUAGACUGGUUGCCAUGGGGUGCAAAGUCUUUACGAAAGUAUCGAGAGUUCCGAAAGCUUCCUGUGUUUUGCCAUGACGCACUUGUGUGGACUCUAGCUGAAACUCUCGUGGACAGCAGCAGUUUUGACUUUGAGCACACUGAAUCGUUCUUGCUGCCAGCGGUAGAGCAGCUGUUGCAGGAUUAUCUCGAGUUCCAGCGGCGCGUUGGAGACACAAACAGUAAGAUGCAUGUGCUAAAGCGCGAGCUCAUUGCCGAUUUCGAGAAGGAUGAAUAUCGAGGAACUGUUGGUACAACUGACCCUGAAAUCUCGUCAACGUCCUCGACGAGGCGGAAUAUGGUGGCUCGAGCGUGCAACAGACCUUCAAAGAUGGGAGGUAGCAUUUCAGCACAGAGCACCAGAGGGUCCAAGAUGAUGGAAACUUCUGAUACAUCAAUGCGCUCUACUAGGAUGGUACUGUGGGCAGGUCGUUCGGGCAAAAGUCAAGGUCUUCGCUGCGUAACUUGUAAGCAGUACUGCUAUCUUCAAGCCGUAGUGUGUACUAGAUGCCGCCCACCGCAUGGAAGUAGCAGUGACUCUACCGUUGGCUGUUUGGAGCACUAUCCGACAAUGUGCAAGUGCGGGGAUCCAAAUAACUUUGUGUACUUAUACCGCAACGAGGCUACGCGACUCGAAGAAAUGAUUAGUAGCGUGCGAAGACGGCUGGAUAAUGUCCGAGAAUGGAACAGCGAGUUUGACACAGUGAUGCAGCAUGCAAGAGGACAAGGCGACCAUUCUCCUGGUACGAAGAUAACAGUACUUGACUUGAAGCGAUUGCUAUCGCGUGGCAAAUCGUGUGGUGGUGCAAACCAAAAACGUUUGGAUUCAUUGGAGUUUGCGAUUGCUAGCGCUAAGCAAUGGGACUGUCGAGCUGACCGGCUACUUAUCGCGUUCGAGCCACAACAGCAGGUGUAUCUCACACUUGGCGAGUUUGAGUCACUGUUGCUGGACGCAGAGAAAUUGCUUGUUGAGCCUGCAACAGUUGGAAAGAUUCAGGACGUUGUAAAUGAGUGGCGUGGAAUUCGAAAUCACGCUAUCACGAUGCUUAGAUUAGUAAACGAAAUCUCUCGCGAUGAGGACACGAAGAAAACUCGACCUAGAGCUUCGCUCACCGAUCCUGCGUCGAUUGUUCAGUUGAUGGGCGCUCCUAACAUCUUGCUUCACGGCAUUGUGCGCUUCGGAAAGCUUUCUACGGCCAUCGCUGAUGUGAAUAAUCGCCUGCGUGCAAAGAAAGAAGACGAUGCUGCUGGCAGCCUACGCAGUCAACUUGCAAGUGCAGAGCGGUACUUAGAAGUGCUUUGCAAGGUGAAUGUCCUAUCUGCCACUAUUGUGGAGAGGUCUCAAGGGAGCAACGCCAUGGGUGCACCGACGCAAGUACAAGUUGAACGAGUGUUGCAUGAGGUAAGUGAAUUGUGCGGUCCAGACCUGUAUAUUGCAAAUGCUGUGGUAUUGCAGAAGCUGUUUGCAGCAACUCAAGCUGAGGCAGCAGAGGUGAAUGAAGCGCUAAGUGAUCGCUCAAAAAGCACGGAAGAAUUGAAGGCUCUGCUUCGGCGUGCGAGGGCCUUACCUGUUCCUCCCGAGAAUGCAGAGGAACUGGAAAAGCGACUUGAGAAAUGCAAGUUAUGGGAACAUCGCGCCCAACAAAUUAUGGUUGUCGUUUCUGGAUCUGCUGGAGCUUCUCCAAGUUACAGGUCGAUUGAGGAGCGACCUUCACUUUGUGAGGUAGAAAGCUUAUACGCUCAAGCCGACGAACAUUUUGUGCCUAGUGCGUCUCUACUGCGUCGACAAGUGCACUCACGUAUGCAAGACUGCCGUCGAUGGUACGACGCCGUUCACGCGUUGUUUCUGCGUCCAUCGAAUAGCCAUUUGCCACUGAGUCAGUUCUUGCAAACAUCGCUGGGCAAGGUGCAACAGCAACUCUCACAGACUCCAAGCCAGGCUUUGCGUGUGCAUUCGCAGUUGCACUGCGUUUGUGAACAGGUACUUAGUGAGCGAGCUCAGGUCGUGACUUGCCAACGUUGUCAUCUCUACUUCCACCCCCAGUGUGUGCCGGAGCUAAUCCCUCAUCAUUCAAAGGACGUUUUCCUUUGUGCGACCUGCCGUCCUCUUCCACGAAAACGUGCGAGCCAUAACUCAAGGGAUAAUGAACCACCACAGAUUUUCUGCGUCUGCCGUGGUGUCGACCAAGCGCCCAUGAUCUGCUGUGACUUUUGCGAUGAAUGGUACCAUGCAGCGUGCGUGGACCUUAUGCCGCAUGAGCUUGAUCGUAUCGAUGCAUUCCGCUGUCCACGUUGUUCGCGACGACAGAAUCUCUAUUACCUGAACAAGAAGCUGUUGCGUCGUGACUGUUUGGGAAGACGACCGGCGCUCGCUAGAGUGGAGAGUUUUUUGACGCAACUGAAGACCCAAUUGGUGGCGUGUCCUCCAGGAGCACACGAGCUCAUCGCUUACGUGCAGGCUGUGAAGGAGGUCGAACGUGAAGUCAACAAAUUCGCCCAAAAAUUUGCGUUGCGAGAGUUUUCACCCAGUGUGUUUGCCACGCCGAACUACAUGCAGAUCCAGGAAGCUGCUGUCAUUCAGCUUAUGGAGCGCCUGACAAGUCUGGAAGUUGGGCUAGAGAUGGCGCAAGCUCGAUUAGGGGCUGUGCACUGGUGUUUGCGAGCAUGUGAACUUGUUUUAGGCGCUAAUAAUCGAGCUCCAAAGUAUGCACACCUGGCUGCUCUGCUGCAAGACGUGAAGAGACAAGAGCCUGGUUUUGCAUUUCCUCGUGAGGAAUAUCGACUCAUGCAGCUAACGAUCGCAGAACGAGUGAAUAAGGCAGCUCAAUGGUUACGUGCGACAAAGACACUUGAAGUUGAAGAGUGGAAUGUUGAAAAAGCACGCCGUCUGCAACAUGAGGCACAUGAGCUGGGCGCUUACCUGGAGCUGCCAGCGACGGAGGUGCAGUUUGUUCAAAACAUUGUGACUAGCCAGGAUAUCGAAGUUGCUAGUACAGAAGACGAAGAGGAGGACGAAGAAGAGGAGAUGGUCUAUGAAUGCGAACCGGAUAGUCCAAGCGCCGUUGCUUGGAAGAAGCAGCGACGAUGGUAA